AUGACGAGCACCCAGAUCUACUCGGCGACGUAUUCCAACGUUCCGGUGUUCGAGUAUGUCACAUCUGAGGGUCCCAUAAUGCGCCGCAAACUGGACUCGUGGAUCAAUGCCACACACAUCUUGAAGAUAGCCAAGUUCCCCAAGGCUAAGAGAACAAGGAUAUUGGAGAAGGAUGUACAGACGGGAGUACACGAAAAAGUCCAGGGAGGUUACGGAAAGUAUCAAGGAACAUAUGUACCGCUUGAGUUGGGCAGGGAUAUUGCCAAGAACUUCGGUGUUUUUGAUAUCUUAAAACCGAUCUUUGACUUCAAGUAUAUUGAAGGCAAGUCCGAAACUCCUCCUCCAGCUCCGAAACACAAUCAUGCUUCGGCUCUUAACAUUGCCAAACGGUCCGCUGUACCGCAACAGGCGAAAAAAUCAAGGACGGCCCUGGCGACGUUGACUGGAGAGCCACCCAAGAAAAGAGGUAGACCUAAGAGAGUUCCCAUGACAGCAGCCGAACCGGUAUUAAAACAUUCAGAUACAACUCCAAUAAACGGACCCAUGAACAGUAUCAACGGCCCGCUAGAAGGAUCGUUUACACACCCUGCGUUAUCACGACAUGAUACAGAACAGGAUGCGCUACAGGUAAUGGCUGGUAACAUGAAUAUCAAGAACGAGGACUUGGAGCUUGUGGACAGUGAUGAUGACGACGAUGUGGUAAAGAAACGUAGAAAUGGCGUUAAUGUUGCAUUGAGCCUAGAUUCACAAGUCGGUGACGACUUAUUGGGUUCCAAGGAGUUGUUUGGAGCUUCUAGAGGCUCCUUUGAGAGAGUAAUUCAUAACCAUAACUCCAACAAUAAUGGACAUUUGCAGUCACAUGACCCCUACAGUUUUCUGCAAUAUCACCAGCCGAGUGUUAGCAGCCAAAAUGAGACGGAUGUUGUUUAUUCGGACUACUUCUCGUCGCUUUUGACGUACUUCCUCGACGAUUCUAAAAUACGAAGUAACAAUAUCCCCGAAAAGCUUUUGAAUCCACCUCAGCCUAUCCUGAAAAUCCAGAUAAAUCAGCCAAUUGAUAACGAGGGCAACACAAUUUUCCAUUGGGCAUGUUCAAUGGCCAACAUCUCGCUGAUAGAGUUCUUGCUCGUGACUUUCCAGAUCAGUCCAGAUAUCAGAAACAACAAAGGAGAGACACCCUUGAUGUUUCUCGUUAAGUUUGUCAACUCUUUCCAGUUGAGGAACUUCCCCUCAAUCCUACAGAUGUUGCUAGAGUCGAUUCUUUUAGUGGAUAAAUCCGGAAAAACGGUGUUGCACCAUAUAGCAUUGAUUGACAGCGAGAAGAAGUUCAGAUUCGCCAGGUACUACAUGGAGACUUUAUUUGACAAGAUCAUCGAGUCGCUUGAAGAUGAAGAAGACUUUGCCAAAGACCCAGACAACAAAAAGGACUUGAUAGCUAAGUUCAUCAACCACCAGGACUCUGACGGGAACACUGCGUUCCAUAUUUGUUCACACAACUUGAACAAGAGAUGUAUCAAGGUGUUCAUCAGCUAUCACAAGUACAUAGAUUUCGGGCUCAGAAAUCUUGUAGGGUAUACGGUAGAGGAUUACUUAGCAUCACACAACUAUGUAUUGAGGCUAGACCAGACCGGCGAAGAAGGAGAACAGGAGGAAACAGAAGACUUGUUAUAUUCACAAGAGGCUGUCAGCACACAAAGCUUUGAGAGUCAGCUUUACUACUCGAAGGUAGCUGUUAAUUUACAGAAUACAACGUCAAACUUAAUCACAGAGAGGUUGACUGAAUUAGCAUAUACAAUCGACAAGGAAUUGAGCGAAAAGGACGAGACAAUUCUCACUUUUUUCAAGAUCUUGAAGUCGAUCAAUACCGAAAAAUUGGUGAGUCAAAAAGCAAUAUUGUCAUUUUUCAAGCUUGAGUACUUGAUUGAAGAUUUGGAGAGAGUGAACAAAGAAACGAACCCGCAGGAAUUGUCACUUGAUUUCAAACGUGAUCAGAUCAUCCAGGAUGAAAUACACAGGUUAAUUAACGAUUUGACGUACCAGUUCCUACAGAAGAAAGAAGAUCUUUACCAGCUCCACCAGAAAUACAUACUUGUCAACGAGAAAGUUCAGUUGACAGAAGAGAUUAUCAAGUGUAAGAAGUUGUCGCAACAGCUAUACAAGCAGCAAAUGGUAGUGCCUAUUCCACAGACCAGCAUAGAUAAAGAAAACAAUUCCACGCCUACAGGUAGCAGCUCCAAUCUGAUUGUGGCCAAGUAUCCUCAUGACAAUCUAUUAAGCAAAUACUGCCAUUUGAUAGCACAGUGCUGUGGGAUGGAUUUUGACGACGUUGAAGGAUCGAUUGACGAGAUCGAGCAAUCGUUGCUCAAGUCCAAUGUCAAGUAA